UGGCGGCAGUUCAAUUUUAUUUUGAGCACAGAAAGUAAUCAGCCGACUAUAAAGAUGUUCAAACUGGCGCGUAUGCUCCUGCCGCAGCAGCGGAUUCUGGCCAGCCCGCUGCGCCUGCAGCGCCUGAUCUCCACCAGCGACGAGGUGAACUCCGAGCCCAUCCUCAAGUCCAUGGACACCACCAUUGGCGGCCUGCCCACCGAGCUGGUCAACGAGCAGAAGCUGAAGAAGACGAGCAGAACCUUAUCGACGCUCCAAAAUCACUCGGUUCCCAUUGCUGCCCGCGUCACGGUGUCGAAAGAUGAGAGUCGCGACUUUAUGGCCGUGUUCCCAGAUCUUGUGCGUGACAUCACCACCGUGACGAAGACCUAUAAUUGCAACGAUGCGGCCAAGUGGUUCGCCCAGGUCCUGCAGUACAAUGUCCCGAGGGGCAAGAAGAACAGGGGCAUCCUCACCGUGCUCACCUAUAAGAAUCUGGUUCCGGCACAGGAUCUCACGCCCGAGAACAUAAAACUCGCCCAGUAUCUCGGUUGGUGUGUGGAAAUGCUCCAGAGCUUCUUCAUCAUUUCCGACGAUGUGAUGGACAACAGCACCACCCGACGCGGUCAGCCCUGCUGGCACAAGGUGGAGAACGUGGGCCUGACCGCCAUCAACGAUGCCUUGAUGAUCGAGAACGCCAUGUACGCCAUUCUGAAGAUGCACUUCAGCCACCUGGACUGCUAUGUGGCCCUAAUGGAGCUCUUCCACGAAAUCACAUACAUCACCACCUGCGGACAGUCGCUGGACCAGCUUAACUCGAACCGCUGCGUCUCGGAAUUCACCAUGGAAAACUACAAAGCGAUUGUGGAGAACAAGACUGCCUACUACUCCUUCUACCUUCCGUUUGCCAUCGCCCUUCACUUGGCUGGCUACAAGGACGCCGAGGCCUUCCGGCAGUCCAAGACCAUUCUCCUGGAAAUGGGCAACUUUUUCCAGGUACAAGACGAUUUCCUCGACUGCUUCGGCAAUCCGGAAGUGACCGGCAAGAUCGGCACCGAUAUUCAGGACAACAAGUGCUCGUGGCUGGCAGUGGUGGCCAUGCAGCGGGCCAAUGUCGAGCAGAAGCAAAUAAUGAUCGAUUGCUAUGGCAAAGAAGAGCCGGCCAAAGUGGAACGCGUCAAGGAGCUGUACAAGGAACUGGGACUGCCAUCCACGUAUGCCAUUUUCGAGGAGGAAUCCUACAACAUGAUCAAAACCCAUAUACAACAAACCUCGCGCGGGGUGCCUCACCAAACCUUCCUGCAAAUUCUCAACAAAAUCUACCAACGUGACUCCUAAAUCACUCGAUUGCGUCGACUUUACGAGUACGUUUUUUAAUUAAAUUGUAGUUUUAGCAUUUAUAUGGAUGAACUGUUAGCAUGGGCUCAGCAAUUACAACCGAAAUGAAAUUUUUACUAUAUAUA